AUGAGUUAUUCAUACGAAGAAGAUGUUUCUGCUUUUGUCACUGACAACAGGUCCAGCACGUGUAAGGCAGGAUUCGCCGGUGACGAUGCACCCAGGGCCGUAUUCCCUGCGGUAACAGGCAUACCAAGAUAUGACAUAGUAAUGGCGGGGAUGGGCGGAAAAGAUACCUACACUGGCGACGAAGCUCAAAGUAAACGUGAUUUCUUGACGCUAAGGUAUCCAGUAGAACAUGGAAUUGUUACAAACUGGGACGAUAUGGAGAAAAUCUGGCAUCAUACCUUUUAUAAUGAGCUCCGUGUUGCACCAGAAGAACACCCCUUACUUCUCACUGAAGCACCAGUGAAUCCAAAGGCGAACAGAGAACGCAUGACCCAGACCAUGUUUGAGGCAUUCAAUGCCCCUGCCUUUCACGUUUCCAUACAAGCUGUCUUGUCUCUUCAUGACGCCGGCCGAACAACAGGUGUUGUGUUUGAUUCAGGCGACGGUGUCUCACAUGUUGUACCGAUCUAUGAAAGAUAUGCUUUGCCUCAUGCAAUUCAGCGGAUGGACUUGGCGGGGAGAGAUCUGACGAAAUAUUUGUCCAGAAUUCUUCAUGAGCGCGGGUAUAAUUUUACAUCUUCUUCCGAGAUGGAAAUAGUUCGUGAUAUUAAAGAGAAAAUAUGUUAUGCUGCAUUAGAAUUUCAACAAGAAAUGGCAUUUAUUGAUGAAAAAAGUUACAAGCUUCCAGAUGGACAAGUCAUUACGAUCGGAAACGAAAGGUUCCGCUGUGUACAAACUAUGUUUCAGCCAUCUUUCAUUGGAAUGGAAAACGUCGGUGUUCAUGAACUACUUUACAGUUCCGUUAUGCAAUCAGAUAUAGAUAUCAGGAAGGACUUGUUUUCAAAAGUCGUAUUGUCAGGUGGUUCAACAAUGUUUUCCGGCCUUAAAGACAGAAUGAAACGUGAACUCGACAACCUGGUUCCUCGCACAACGAAGGUUAGGAUUAUUGCUCCACCCGAACGGAAGUAUUCAGUUUGGAUCGGAGGAUCGAUUCUCUCUUCAUUAUCCACUUUUGGUCAGAUGUGUAUUUCAAAACAAGAAUACGACGAGUGUGGACCUAGUAUUGUCCAUAGGAAAUGUUUCUAA